CCUUCCCCCCCCUCCCCCGCACACGACAAGCGGGGUACCGGGGCUGUCCGCGUGGCGCCAGCCCAGCGCGAGUUGAGAUUCAGGUCCCCGCCUCUCGCCCACAGCGCUGGUGGGUGGGUGGGGGGCGCUCUCAGGUGAUCUCAGCUCCCGUCCUCCUACCACAGCAGCGACAACAUAAUAAACCACGCGCGCACGGCUAUGGCCGGCCGCCUGAAAGCGUGGUUCUGGAGCGAGAGCUUCUGGCUGCCGCACAACGUGAGCUGGGAGGACCUUCGCAACAGCGAGGCGGUCACCUUCCCGCAGGCGAGCGACCUUUACCUGGCAUUCCCGCUAGCGCUGGCUAUCUUCGUGGUCCGACAGCUGUUUGAGAGGUUCGUUGCGAAGCCGUUUGCGAUCUACUUGAAUAUCCAAGCACGCAGGUUCACGACAGCUGUUCCACACGCAGCUUUAGAGAACAUUUUCAAGACCGUGACCAAGCGCCCCGAUUCUGCACGUAUCAAGGGUUAUUCAAAACAACUUGACCUGGAUGUGCGCACUAUUGAGCACUGGUUUCGGCAGAGACGGAACCAGGAGAAGCCAAGUCUCGUCACCAAAUUCAGUGAAAGCUUGUGGAGGUUCUGUUUUUACUUUGGAAUAUUCUGUUUUGGUCUUCAGUACCUUUGGAAGACUCCAUGGCUGUGGGACACAAAACACUGUUGGUAUAACUACCCUUACCAGCCGCUGACUGCAGGGCUGUUCUGGUACUACAUCGUCGAGCUUGCCUUUUACUGGUCACUCAUGUUCUCCCAGUUUGUGGACAUUAAGAGGAAGGACUUUGUCAUCAUGCUGGUGCAUCACCUGGCCACCGUGUCGCUCGUGUCCUUCUCCUACGUCACCAACAUGGUGCGCGUCGGCACCCUCGUCCUGUGCCUGCACGACGCCGCCGACUUCCUCCUCGAGACAGCAAAAAUGGCCAACUAUGCCAAGUUUCAGAAGCUCUGUGAUACGAUGUUUGCACUCUUUGGACUGGUAUUCAUCAGCACUCGGUUGGUCUUGUAUCCUCUCUGGAUCUUGAACAGCACCAUGUUUGAAAGCUGGGAGAUUGUUGGCCCUUACCCAUCGUGGUGGGUGUUUAAUCCCCUUCUCCUCUUACUACAAGUGCUUCACGCCAUCUGGUCCUACCUCAUCUUCUGCAUUGCCUUCAAGGCAUUUGCUAAAGGAAAGGUUUCCAAAGAUGAACGCAGCGACGUCGAGAGCAGUUCUGAAGAUGAAAUAAGUGAACAGGAAGAGCUGUGCAAGAAAGCGCCUUACAAUACAAAUACCACCAAUGGACACUUGAAAAAUUAAAAGCUAUACCAUUUGAACAAAACCCGAGAAAAGAUGCAACUUCCACAUAACCCCUGCAAUAUUCUACACUUAAAAAUGGUUUAAUGGAGUAUAUAUUAAUUCGCACUGCACUUCUUUUUAAAGGAUGUUCAGAUUGGACAUCUAAGUUUAUAUUACCUCGUGCUUUUAACUUUUAAUACUCUAGGGUGUUGUCCUUUCUACAAUAACAUUGUGACAACCAGGGUCAACUUUUAUUUAUAAUUUAGUUUUCAUUUUCUGAAGAAUUUUACAUAUCUACAAAAUGUACAUUUAAAAUUGUGUGGAGAAAUGGUGCUUGUAUUGGAAGCACAUUUUAAAGGUAUAAUAUUGCAGACCUGUAAGUUUCAGAUGUUGGUCAUGGGUUUAAAAUAUGCCAACUUCGGAUAUAAAUCAACUUUUCAUAAAAUUUAACCAGCAAAAGAUAGCACCUUUUUGCGCGUGUAAUUUUGUUGACAGAUUGUUCGGAGUGUGAUAUUCUGAACAGCUCCAUUAUAUAUGUGCAAAUAACCAUUUCAAAACAUUUUAACGGAAAACAGGAAUCCUAUAAAAUUGUUAAAAUGCCGCACUAAUUUCACCCAUCCACAUGGUAACUAUUUUAAAGUCAACUUGUUUCAUUUGACAUUUAACAUCUUAAUAAUGCAUUGUUGUAGGGAACAUUUUCCCAAAUGUACAACCAUGAAUAGAAAUGUUUCUAUUUACGAUAUAAAUUCCAUCAGUAUAUUAUUUUAGUAUCAGCAUGUAAUAAGCAUGCAUUUGAGUUUAGAAUGUAAUUGAAAGAUGCACUCAAGAUAACACCACUUCACAUUUUGAAAAGCACGAAGGACAAAGUUAAAAACAGAUUGACGUCUUUUGAGACCGUGUAUCUUAUGCAAGAUAAAUAUUGGUUUAUUCAGCCAGGCAGGCUUGAGUGGCAACUACACGCCACUUUUGUAUGGUAAUGUUCAGUCCACCAAAAAUGUAGAUGUGACCGUGCCAAAAUGUAAUUGGCAUUAAAAACACCAUCCUGAUGAAUGUACUCAGGAGUGUCUUCAGGUAACUGGUCCCAACUUAGAAGUUAAUGAUCACAUGCAACUGUAGAAAUACCUGGCUGUGGAAGGUGCGGAAUACUAAACGAUGUCAGUAGAUGUAUUUUGCACUUCCCUAAAUUCAUUUUAAAGUUUCACAUUUUUUGUAAAAUGUGCUUGUGUGGACAGACGUACAGCCUAACCAGAAGUGAAAUGCCUGCAAGAUAUCCCAAUUGAAUAUUAGAGUACCGAUUGCCCAUAUUUAAGUGGAUGGAAGUGAUUCAAAUUUUGAUAUGAAACCGAUUCAAUGAAGGCCUGUUAAAUUGCCACAUGCAUUUUUUACAAGUGGUAAAAUAUAUUAGCCUAUAAGCAUUGGGAUCAAAGGACCACUUUUCAUUAGCAUUGACUUCCAACAGCUUUGUAACAUUUGUUGAUCCAAAUAAGUUUUAUAUGAAAAUAUUCAGGCCAAAUUGAAGAUUUAAUUGCAUGCAUCUGCUUUGCCAAUUCUAAUAGCUAAAUUUUAUUAAAAUGGAUGUGGGCGAAAUAUAGCACUCCAGAUUCUCAUGGUAACACCAAAAUAUGGAAAUACAAUUUCAGAGUAACUUAGCCAGAAAUUAGUUUAAAUCACUUUUUAAAAUGUCACCCAUUUAUAUCAAUACUUGAAACCCAUAUGUGAAGCUUCAGUUUUAAAAUACAAGGUGGCUCAGAGUUUUGCUUUAGUUCAUUACACCUUUUCUAAACACAUUGAAACUGACAAUAUUAAGGGAAGUCAGAAUAUAAAGUUUGCAUUUAGUCAGUGAAAUCUUAAGCUCAAUUCUGGAAUUCUUUAUUCAGAUGGUUCAAAAAGGUAGUUAAGGAUUCUGUGAUGGACAUUUGGCCAAUACUUUAUUAAGCAUACACAUUUGAGUUAUGUCACGAUGUUGGUCAGCAAAAGUGUAAUUUUGCUCAGAAAUCGUGGACGAGUCAAAUUAAUCCAGAUUGAUCAUUUAAAUUGGUUGAAACAUUACAAUAAUUAUCACCACAAAAUUGCAGGUAACUGAUGUCACUCAUAGUGCAAGUGGAAGUUUUACUGCUGGUAAAUAGUUAAUGUCACCUAACAUGAACAAAAAAACAAAAUCUACUCCAGACGUAAGAAAUAAUUUCAAGGACAAUGAUUGUUUUUUUCAUGGCUUUAUAUGGCCUGAGAAAUGCACUGAGUUCUCCUACACGUUAGUUGACAAGUGAAGUUUUGACUUUUUGCACGUUUUACCAAUUUGGGAAUUCACAAAC